AUCACAGGGCACAUAUAGACAAACAACCAUUCACACUCACAUUCAUACCUAUGGACAAUUUGGAGUCGCCAAUUAACCUAGCAUGUUUUUGGAAUGUGGGAAAGAGAGAGAGAGAGAACAUGCAAACACACAGAGAUGGCCGAUUGUGGAAUUGAACCCUGGUCUCCUAGCGGUGAGGUCUGCGCGCUAUCCACUCGACCGCCGUGCAGCCCGUCCCACACACAGAUGGCGUGAAAGAGGAAAACGAGGCGCUGACAGUGUCCAUCUGUAAAGGAACGACGUUGAAGAUGACUGCGUGAGUCACGGGGAGAUGAGUCUGAGGAAUGGCGCUCCUCGCCGGGCUUCAGCAUCCAGAGAAGAGGGCGGAGGAGGCGGAAGGCCCGGCCCGCAGCUUCCCCUCCAUCCCUCCCUGCUCAUGUUUAUGCAUGAGGCGUUUCUGCAGUGAGCCGCUGGAUAUUGAUGUGUUUUAAGGAGGUGUCCCCUGGCCUCCGUCCCUCCCCCACCCCUCCCGCCAUGUCUCCCUCCCUCCCUCUCCUCCUCCUCCUCUCUACACCCCCUCCUCCUCCUCUUUGCCGCUGAUGAACCGCGGUGUCUCGGUGCGCUCAGACGCGCUCGGCGUUCGGUCUCGUCCGGACCCCCCCCUCCCAAUGGCCUCCGAUCACAGGGACUGCAGAAACCACAUCAGCAGCCUCCCCUAGCGAAGGAAGGACCCCGCCAGAGCCCACUCGUGGAUUACCGCAUUGUUUUGUAAUUCCCUUCAACGGACACGGACAGGAAGAAGAUGAUGAUGAUGAUGCGCUCCCCAUGGUGGAUUUCCCUUUUGUGCGUCUGUGGAUUGAUGCACGUCGGUCACCAGAGCAACCCACAGCUCCUUAAUGGGGGCGCCUCGUCGAGCUUCAAGGCGCCUCGUAAAGAAGGAAGGUUCCUGGGCAAGGAGGACACGGUGCCCGUCCGCCUGCUCUACAGCCGACACAACCACAGCCAGAUCGGCCACGACGAGCUCAGCACCCGGGUGAAGGGCAGACCCGGAUCCACGCAGGUGAACCACGUGGAUCAGGCCAGCUUUCAACUGGAGGCUUUUGGCAGGAAAUUCACCUUGGAUGUGGAGCUGAACCAUGAUCUGCUGUCUUCGGAGUACGUGGAGAAGCAUUUGUCGGCCAAAGGCAGGACGGUCAUCACCACUGGAGGAGAACACUGCUACUAUCAGGGGAAGGUGAGAGAUGUUCCUCGCUCCUUUGCCGCCCUCUCUACCUGCCACGGACUGCAUGGAAUGUUCUUCGAUGGCAAUCACACUUACCUGAUUGAGCCGGGAGGAGAAGGCCGCACUAACGAUGAAGAUGACGGCGUUCACAUGAUAUACAAAUCUGGAGGAGGACCAGAUGGACUUCUUCAUGAUCUCGCUGGUGAUCUUCCAGAGCCACCUUUUCCCAGUCCUCCCUUUCCCGGAUCAAGAGGUGUUCACAGGAGAAAAAAGAGACAGGCUCCACAUAUGUCACGAAGCGUUGAAGAUGAGACUAAAUACAUCGAACUGAUGGUGAUCAAUGACCAUUUAAUGUACAAGAAGCAUCGCCUCUGCGUCGGCCACACCAAUAACUAUGCUAAGUCAGUGGUCAAUAUGGCUGACAUGAUUUUCAAGGAGCAGCUGAAUACGCGCAUUGUGCUGGUUGCCAUGGAGACGUGGUCCGCAGACAACAAAUUCAACAUCGACGACGACCCCAUGGUGACCCUGAGGGAGUUCAUGAAGUACCGGAAGGACUUCAUCACGGAGCGAUGCGACUCCGUGCACCUCUUCUCAGGGAAUCGCUUUCACAGCAGCUGGGGUGGCGCUUCCUACAUGGGGGGAGUGUGCUCCCUCUCUAAAGGGGGAGGAGUCAAUGAGUAUGGAAAAACUGAUGAGAUGGCCAUAACUCUGGCUCAGUCCCUGGGGCAGAACAUCGGCAUCUUCUCCGACAAGAAGAGGAUCCUUAAUGGAGAGUGCAAAUGUGACGAUCGCUGGUCGGGCUGCAUCAUGGAUGAUGUUGGCUUCUACCUGCCCAAGAAGUUCUCUGACUGCAACGUGGAGGAAUACUACAACUUCCUAAACAGCGGGGGCGGAGCCUGUUUGUUCAACAAACCCAUGAAGCUGCUGGACCCUCCUGAAUGUGGGAAUGGUUUUGUGGAGCCAGGGGAGGAGUGUGACUGCGGCAGCCCGCUGGAGUGCGCCAAAGAGGGGGAGAACUGCUGUAAAAAGUGCACCCUGACUCAAGGCUCCAAAUGUAGCGAUGGGCUGUGCUGCAAUAACUGCCAGAUGGAAUUCAUGGGCGUUGUGUGCCGGGAUGCAGUGAACGACUGUGACAUCCCCGAAAACUGCACAGGAAACUCCAGCCAGUGUCCACCAAACGUGCAUAAGAUGGAUGGCUACACGUGUGAAAAGGACCAGGGCCGCUGCUUUAACGGGAGAUGCAAAACCAAAGACAAACAGUGCAAGUACAUUUGGGGAGAGAAGGCCACGGCGGCUGACAAGUUCUGCUACGAGAAGCUCAACAUUGAGGGCACGGAGAAGGGCAACUGUGGGCGGGACAAAGACACGUGGAUCCAGUGUAACAAACAGGACGUUCACUGCGGUUACCUGCUGUGCUCCAACAUCUCGCCCGCCCCACGCCUGGGGGAACUGCAAGGAGGCCUGACGUCCUUCUCGGUGGCGAGACACAGUGCCUCUCUGGACUGCAGCGGUGCCCACGUGGUGAUCGACGGGGACACCGACCUGGGCUACGUGGAGGACGGCACGGCCUGCGGGACAGACCACAUCUGCUUCAACCACAAAUGUCUCCCCCUCCAGCAGUUCAACUUCAGCACCUGCCCCGGGACCACCGACAAAACCGUCUGCUCUGGACACGGGGUUUGCAGUAAUGAGCUGAGGUGUGUGUGCUACCUGGGCUGGGCAGGAGAGGACUGUAACUCCACGUCACCGCUCAGCUACCUCGUGGUGGGACCCACAGCCUCGGUUUCAGGCAUCACCAGUACCAACAUCAUCAUUGGGGCCAUCGUUGGGUCCAUCCUCUUCCUCGCCCUCAUACUGGCUGUGACGGCCUGGUGCUACAAGAGCUACAAGCAGAGAUGCUACGUGGAGUCCGAGGUUCACCGAAGAUUCUGCCGGCAAAUGCCCCCAGGUGACUAUGUAACAAAGCCCAGCGAUGCCGAUUCCUUUUACAGCGACAUGCCGCCGGGCGUGAGCACAAACUCGGGCUGCAGCUCCAAGAAGAGGUCAGCCUGUCUGUCGCACCUUCAGAUUUGCGCCCUGUCCUUCACUCCAUCCAUCCCAUCCAUUACUCAGAACAUCUCACUGUUUGGAUUCAGGUCUAACGGCCUCUCCCACUCGUGGAGCGAGAGAAUCCCAGAUGCCAAACACAUCUCCGACAUCUGCGAGAACGGUCGGCCGCGGAGCAACUCGUGGCAAGGAAACCUGAGUGGCAAUCGCAAGAAACUGAAAGGAAAGAAGUUCCGUGCUCGCUCCAACUCCACAGAGACACUGUCUCCUGCCAAGUCCCCCACUUCCUCCACGGGAUCGAUUGCAUCCAGCAGGAGAUACCCUUACCCAAUGCCGCCCCUUCCCGAUGACCAGAGGAAAGCCAGCAGGCAGAGUGCAAGGGUGACUGACGCCAUCUUGCUUUCUAUCCUUUCCUUCUGCUCACCUUUUAUAAUACUAUGCUACUUUUAACCUUUUCAAAUACGUCUCCUAUGGUCAUGGCCAUCAGUUUUGAGAGUGACACAAGUAUUCAUUUUCAUAAUUGUAUAUUUUUAUGGGUAUAGUCUCACUUUACAUGAAGGUACACACCAAUGCAGUAGUUACUGAGCAGCUAAUUAAGAACCAACCACAAACUAAUGACUAAGGCAUAUACAUUUAGAGUAGUAAAAUCAUUUUGAACUGAAAAUGUUUCUGUGCGGAUAGACCCCCCCCCCCAGGCUCAUCCUAAAUCUGGCCGCCCAACGCAUUCCACAAGAUUGCAAUCCUUACAUGGUAACGUGUCAGCUCCUCCUUUUGUGACAGGGCUGAAAUGCAGUGGAAUUAAGCGGGACUUGGCAAUCCAUGGCCAUCAACUUAUAACUCUUCAUUCACAAAAAGAUGUUUUUCUCCCUUUUGUAGUCGGGAACUGAUAUUUUCCUGAAACAUAGCUAUGUUCUACUGCUGAUUACUAAAGAACGGAAAAGAGUAGAAACAAAAUAUUAUUUUCUGAUGAAAGAUGGGAGUCUUAUCUUUCUUUUGGUAGGGUUAGGGUUAGUGAGUCCAUGUUUAUGUAGCCAUAGACUACCUUGAAAGAUGAGUGAACUAGAGGCCAUAUUUGUGUCAUUCUCAAAGCGCUUGGCCACGACUGUACAUCCUUAAAGUUCACUUUGAUGUUUCUUAUCUUUGCAGCUGUGGGAGACGUCGAUAUAAGAGCGGAGGAAAACUGAACGACACACACACACACACACACACACACACACAAUGAAACAAAAUGGACUCUGAUCAACAAGACAAACUCAAACCCAACAGAGGUGAGCGUCACUGACGGUGCUGGAGGGACCCAGCACCGCUUGGAGCUUAGACUCCGCCCCCUCCCCCAACCCCUAACCCAACCCUGAGCCAUCUCCUCCCCCACCGUCCAACCCCCUCCCUCCCCACUGUGGACGUCCUCCGUGUCCGUUGCUGCAUCACCCGGAUCGUUGGCGAGUGUGGAAAGACUAAAAAUGCAUGAAUCAACAAAGACUGGCUUUGGGACGGAACGCAUGUGAGGAGCAGAUAUACUUCGCCGUUUCUCCGCUUUGUGGCCAUCGUAGCUCACCAUCACGCAUCACUCCUCCUCUCCAUGUCGUGUACAUACGGAAAGAAAAUCACUUUUUUUUUUUUUUUAAUUACUGUGACCUUAAAUUGUUACGUCCGUGGACUCCUGACACCCCCUUUAUGAGGAGAUCUAGAAGGUAGACAACCUGAUACGGCUACUAAGAAGAACCUGGAACGUAAAGCUGACAUGCAGGCUCUCAUGAUGAAAGGGGUUCUAUCCUUCCUUACGUCGGCAACCUCUCAGAGCGACGUGAUGAGGAAGUGACAUCAUCAGGUGGCUUUGGUUCAAACAUUAUUUCAUCAUCAUCAUCAUCAUCCCGUUCAUCGAUUACUAUGUUGAUUCAUUUUUUUUUUGUUUGAAUUCCCUGCAAGCAGACCUGCAAGGUGGCAUGGCUCGGGUGGUAGGCGGCUCUCAACCUGAAGGUGGCAGGUUCGAUCCUGCCGAAGUAUCCUUGGGCAAGAUACUCAACCGCCGGUUGCUCCCGACGCUGCGUCAUCGGUAGGACAAUACAGUAACAUUGUCAAAACGUUUUUUCUUGAGUAGGGCAGCCGGAAAGUAACAAUUGUACGUCUACGUAUACCCGAGUAGCCAGUAUCUUAAAAAGUUUAAAAUACAAUAAGAUUACUUAUAUUCUUGUUUUAGUGUUAAAAGUAUGAUUUUGACCUCCGUUUGUUCUGCUGUACUUUGCGUUGUUUAUAUUUUUCAUCACCCUGCUACCUCAAUACACUUCAGGGUUUUAAAAAAAUGCAUUAUUAAAUUAAUAACUUUUUUCAAAUUCAUUUAUUUCAAUUAAAUGUUUUAAACUACAUUUUAAAUUCACCAGACAUGUAAGGUUAAAGUAUCGGAUCGGAAACUAAACGAGCGGUAUUGCUAUCCAAUAUCAAUUUGAGACUGUUAGCGAACAAUUAGCAUGUAAUGGGGCGUGUCUCUCUGCAGGUCUGCGUGGUGGCGGGGUAUUUUAGUAUUAGUAUUAUAGUAUUUUAUUCAAGUAAACUUCCCAUAGUGGCCCACUGGCAUCCAAAAUAAUUAGAAAAGCUUUCGUAAUGAGGAUAGGACCCCUUUAAUUUCACCCACAGGGGGCGCCAUAUACGUCAUUGACAGUCAUGUGUGCUCUUAUUUUAACACGACUGUAUAAUAAUUAUAAAGGAAAGUCUGUUUGUGUCUGCUUUUAGUACCCGGUUUGGGGUGGCGGGGGGGGGGGGGCGUUCAGGAAACAAAACACGUCAUUGACGUCCCAAAAUCAAAUUCUUUUGUACAGUUUGAAUUGUGCAUUUGUCAUUUUGUUUAGCACCUUUUGUAAAUCAUGUCUGUUAGGCUUUAGCAUAUGAAGGUCACCAUCAUUACUACUGAUUACUAUUGCUACUAGUAGUAUAUUUUUUAUUAUUGAAUACCUUUAUAUUGUUCACUUUUCUCUCUCGGCAUUAUGUACAGCAGCGACUCACACGCUAAUCAAGUGCUUUAUUGUAUUAUUAUUGUAUUAUUAUUGUAUUUGUGUUUGGACUUUUUUAUAUUUCUUGAUGUAAAAUUAACUCAUUUGCCCCCCCCAACACACACGCACACACGCCCCCCCAACACACACGCGUCCCCCCAACACACACACGUCCCCCCCCACCAACACACACACACACACCAACACACACACGCACGCCCCCCCCAACACACACGCCCCCCCCCACCAACACACACACACACGCUCCCCCAACACACACACGCCCCCCCACACACA